GUCUUGGCGUUGUUCGUUUUUCUUCGUGCUACUCUCUUAAGUUAUUCAUGAUAACACUGUAGAAACAAACCCGAUAAUUAUGUUACCGGCCUGUCAACCAGUCUGCUCAAUCUGGCAGAAAUAUAAACUCCUUGAAGUGAUAACCAAAUCCUUCCCUGGACACUGGAGGUCCUCGCCCUCUCUGACUGACACUGACAUUUCAUUAAUUCCGGACCGGUUGAUAAACGUCUUACGUCCGCACGAGGUUUGAGAGCGUCCAUUUGCCGCCCCGUGGUGAACACCUGAAGCAGAGCGACUGCACUUAAUACUACAAACUAUACACCCAAGGGGAACAGCCCGAGAGACAGGUGACAUUCGAAGAGGCUGUUUCCCUUUCCCAGGAAACUGUCUUCGGCAAAGAGCGGUAAUGAUAGUUCUUCAGCCGGAGACCCUCUCACUGCACACACUCUUUGCACCCUUAAUCCAAAUAACAUCCCACAACAUAUCUCUUCUCACAAACAAUUCUGUCUAAAGACUGUGUGAUCUUUGCAACUGAAUUCUGUAUCAUCGUCCCUAUAAUUUGUUUUUCUUUAAAUUCAAAGAGGAACUUCAAUUGCUAGGUGUCUUCGCAGGAUUAACGCAGUCGUAAGGAUGCCUUCUUAUCAGCUCUCUCCCCCUCUAAAGACCUUCGCCUUGAUAAACAUUGCCUCGAUGGCUAAAUAUUUAAACCUCUCUUUUGAAAUAGCUCCAUGACCAGAGGAACCGACGAUAUUGUGCUUUACAAACCCGGAUGUGUUAUCCCUCGCGCGCCACUUAUUUACCCCCGAGCUGACAAGGUUACGGCAUUGGUAAGAGGCUAGUGCUGACGUGCACGUGGUGCGCCUGAUCGGUUUUAUCCUAACAGUUAAAACAGUCUGCGCGAGCCAAGGACUGGUAUUUCAAUUGCACUGACAAUGAUCGCUUGGAGAUGGCAUGUGAAGAGUAAAGGGACAGCUUCACAGGCGGCGGUUGAAAUCGAGAAUGAAUUACGCUUUGCAUGUAUUCGUACACGCUGGACUUCAUAACGAGAACGCGGGUAAAAUUACGAGCCUCAUCUUGCACAAGUCAAUCAUCAGCUACACGUUAGAUAUUUCAAAAACUGACUCUUGAUUGGAAUCACUGUGUUUGCAGAAAAAUUGGAAAUGCCACAGAGCUCAUGAAAACGGUGGAUGCGACGCCAUGCGAAAUGUUUGUGUGCUCUACGCAGUAAAUUUAUAAACCCAGCCCGUGUACGCCAAAUUGUCGGCCGUGAACGAGGCUUUGUGUCGCGAUGAAGAAGACCCAUGGCCGGAGAAUCCUUGGCUAGCAACUUAACAUCUGAUUGUGUAAGAUACAUCUGAUACCUGGGCAGGUUGAUGGCUCUAUGCUUGAGCCAUGGAGCUCUGGAUUGACAUACUAGUCAAGUUAUUUUCACUGAAUCCACUCUGACGAAAAAGAUUGAAGCUUGACGGACAAACUUCACUGGAUGUACAGAGGAAUAUCAUUUUUUGUGAAAAAAAAAAAGAAAAUCAUUAAAUCUCUGUGUUAACUUAAUUCAAGAGGCCUCGACGUAUCGAAGGCCCAUCUUAAGAACUAGCUUAGCGAUAAGCAUUCGUCUUCUGAAAUCUUGAAGUGUGAGAUCAAGGUGUUAGAAACAACGGAUUUUCGGUAACGAUGGCCAAGUCAGCGUGGACAGACGACCUAGCCGUGGCGUCUCCAGCCCCGGUGGACUUCAGAGGCGCUCAUAUCAAGCUGACCAACUCGGAGGAGGAGACCACUCCCCCAACGCUUCCCCUCAGAGGCAUCUUUGAUAUCAAGAGCAAACACUACGACGUGGUGCUGGAGAAGGACCGAAUCAGUUGGAGUCUCAUCCUACCGACAAUGCAAAGCGGGCGUAGGCGGAGCAUACACGCAUCGGUGUCCCUGCAUGAUGUGUACGCCGUUGGCAUCAAGAGGGUGGAGAAACCGGGCAAGAAUCGCGGGUACCCGGAGGGUGUGAUCAUCUACGUGGCCACGCCCAGCAAGAAGGACCCCAACGUGCUGACAGAGGAACGGAUCACGCUGCGUUCUACCAAUGAAGACAACUGUCAGAAGUGGAGGUGUGCCAUCGAUUCGGCCCUCAAAGGCUUAGGUGGGAGGCCAAGGAAACUUCGCGCCUUUGUGAAUGACUGGGUUAAUGAUGGCGAGGCGACACGUGUUUUCUACUCCAAGGUGGUUCCGGUCUUCCAGGUGGCAGGAACAAGACUUGAUGUAAUAGUGACAACCAGAGAGGGAAGCGCUCACCAAAUCCUGCAAAAAGUCGACUUUGAUGAUUAUGACGGGUUGGUGUGUGUCGGUGGUGAGGAAACGACCAGGGAGGUGAUACACGGUCUGCUAGAAAGGACUCAGCUUGAUGCGGACCUGGUAGAAAUCACUCCUGAUACCAACCUUACUAAGUGUGAGAUUCCGCUGGGCAUCAUUCCAGUCGGUUUGUUCAACCUCGUUGCUCAUUCUUCCCAGGGGACCAGCGAUCCCUUCACAGCGGCAAUACACAUAAUUCUGGGUCACCUACAUCCACUGGAUGUCUCAGCGAUCUUCCACAACAAGGAGUUCAUCCGGUUCGGCUUCUCCAUGAUGUACGGUUUCGCUGGGGACUGUCUCCGGAGGGCGGAGCAAAGAGCCAAGGGCGUUAUCAAUGCAAGAGGGCUGGACUACGCUGUCGCCAAGUCGGUCUUCAAAGUUAGAACUUACCGCUGUGCGGUUGAAUAUCUUCCCUGCGAGUCAAACGGGGUUUUCAGUGAGAGGUCACCUUGCAGAACGGGGUGUGAGAGGUGCAAGGUGAAACACCCUAGCAACGGAGAGGCAGACAGGGAAGUCUCCUGGCCACUUACGGCAGGACAACGUGCUGAUGACAUGGCUAGUGGCUGUGACAACGACACGGGCCACGACAGAAAUGGCCAAGUCAACAGAGGGUGUCAAGACAUCGAAACGUCUCCCAUCAGAACAAAAGCAGCAGAUGGAACCGACAAGACUCAAGAGUGGAUAAGCGUCAAAGGCGACUUCGUUAGCGUCGGCGCAAUGACCCUACCCAACCUUUGCAACUGGUGCCCCGGUGGCAUUUCACCUCUGACCCACCUAGCCGACGGCUGCCUGGAUCUGGUGCUCGUGCGGGGCACGACCAGAGGAGAGUUCGUGCAACAUCUUAGACGCCAUGCCAGUGACAAAAAUCAGUUCGACUUUCCCUUCGUAUCCGUACAUCGGGCGAGGGCAGUCAGGUUCCAUCCCCUCGGAGCGAACGACAAACCGUGCACAACAAUUUUCGACAAGGGCCAGGGCGAAGGGGACACGACCUGUGGUGAGGAGGCCUCUCUCGAAGACGACAACGGGGGCGCUGUGCCUAGGACAGGCAAAGAGUUCUCGAUGUGGAACGUUGAUAUGGAGCUCAUGGCCUCGGUUCCCAUGGAGAUCAGGGUACAUAAACAGCUUCUGACAGUUUUCGCAUCUGGUAUCCAAGACACAGACCACUCAGCCCGGAGCUGUAGAUGCCUCUGACGUACGUCAUCCAGUCACCAUGGCAACUGCCUAGAACAAAAGCCUCACGGUCCCUCCAAAUCAGACAUGAACUGACUCGUUAGUAACGCUAACUAUCACGUUGAGGAAAGAUACAGUCACUCUGAACAACCUGUGUUAGUUCAACAAGAUAAAAGACGGCGUUACAAAACACUGAUGGUUGCGUACAAAGCAACACUCACGUCUUGACAGCUGCGCGCAUGUCCACCUACUUCUUGCCAUUUGAUUUAGUACCGGCUUGUCAUAACCAGCUCGUCCCCCUUUCAAAUUGGAAUCUCCGCGGAGAGUGAUGUGAUUUUUAUAUUUGAAAAGCCCUCAAUGUCUUCGAAUGCAUCUACUGACGUUGCUAGGCAACGCACAGAGGUAGCUGAGUGAAAAGUUAUUAUAUAGCCACGUGAUAUUUAGGGCCCGGGUUUUGGCACUGUGCCAAAUUCUCGUUCAGCAUUACAGUGAUUCAAGCGGAUGCGACAUAUAGGAUCAUAUUCGGCGUAGCACCUGUGACCUUGACCAUGGAGUUGACUCGACAAUAAGACCUUAUCACAAUGAUCCAUCUAGCUGACGGACCGUUCUGGAAUGGGCAGACUUUCAAAGUUGCGUUUAUGAGAUCUAAGCAUCGAUCUCAAUCUGAUGACACUGCAGCUUGUAAAUCUGUUUCUCGAGGAGUGCAUUGCCCGGCAUUUAAUCAUGAUACAUGCCUGCUGUUCAGGUGGUACCGAGGUAUCGACUGAUACAAAAGUUGUUCAGUGGGGUAAAGCUUUAUCGAUGUAUUCAUUUGCGUGUACGAGUUUUGGACGUUAGAUGUUAAAGGAAAAACUCGACUUUUCUUGAAUCCGUUCACAUCAAAAUCUGACCAUACCGUUUUGUUACCAACAGGAACAUGAUCAAUGGCUGGAGCUUACUAUGUUGCACAUUUUCUGACUGUUUUGUCCAGUUUUACGACUUGCGCUUCCAAACUUUUGAUAAAUCUGUUAAUUUAACUGCCCAGAGAGUGCACACUAGUAACUGUAACCUUUGGGAAACAACCGAGGAGUGAACGAUUUCAUUUUAGGUGCGCUGUCAGAGUGAUUUCAUAGUCCUUGGUAAAUGAGAUUAAGUAAAGGAAAGCACGUAACUGAAAUCUACAAAUAAAAUUUUCUCAAAUUAAAAACAA